CGGCCAGUACUCGGAAUGCCGGCCAUGGUACGCAAAGGCUGUAAUUUGAUAGAAGCCGUGGAAAAUGUCUCUGACCAGUUCCUUCGCCUAACAAAGCGAUUCCUGCCUCACCUGGCUCGCCUCUGUUUGAUCAGCACCUUCCUAGAAGAUGGCAUUCAUACCUGGUGGCAGUGGAAUGAACAGAAGGAGUCCCUCCAGAUGUCUGGGAGUAGCAGCCCUCUCCUGGCAUUCAUUUUGGGGAUGAUCAAUACAUUUGGGCAGCUGGUGGGAUGUGUGUUGAUUUUAGUCCAGAAGUUUGUUCCUUGUGCCUGUUUUGUGCUGUUUGGAAUCAUUUUCAUGCAAGUCAUGGCCUUUGGCCUUCUGUGGAACCUGAGAUUCCUAAUGAGGAACAUUGCUUUGGCUGGUGGUCUGCUGUUUCUCUUAGCCGAGAGCCGGGCAGAAGGGAAGUCCAUGUUUGCUGGAGUCCCCACCUUGGACUGUACCUCCCCACAGCAGUACAUUCAGCUGGGAGGAAGAGUUCUUCUCCUCCUCAUGUUCAUAUCGCUCCUACACUUUGAAGUGAACGUAUUCACUAUCUUCCAAGAUGUCUCUAAAAUGGUUCUCGUCAUCCUGGUGGCCAUUGGAUUCAAAACAAAACUAGCUGCUCUCACUCUUGUGAUCUGGCUGUUCCUCAUCAACCUGGUGGAGAACCCAUUCUGGAUCAUCCCAGUCAACAGGCCCCUUCAUGAUUUUAUGAAGUAUGACUUUUUCCAUACCACAUCAGUAAUGGGAGGCCUUCUCUUGGUGGUAGCCCUUGGACCUGGGGAAAUUUCAAUGGAUAAACACAAGAAGAAAUGGUGAAUAGCACAGCAAAAUAAUGAAGAAAAGAAUGAAAAGAAAUGGAUUUAUUGCCUUCUUGACUUUUAACUCUCUCCUUGGGGAGCAGGAGAGUGUGACCCCUAUCUACUCAUAUCCUCCAAA